CUCCACCACCUCCAUCGCAGCUGAAUUAUAGCGGGUUAUUCAUGCACUUUUUCAUGACAACAAGCAUGCUCGGGCGAUGCAACUCGAGCACCAAAUCCGAACCACUGUCAAGGGUACGAUGCCUAUGGCUACGUACUGCCAAACCCUGCGGAACAUUGCUGAUUGGUUGGAUGACGACGACGCCCCGGUCUCUGAGUCUCAACUCGUGCUUCAAAUGCUUCGGGGAUUACCCAAAGAUCUCCAGGCUCAGACAUCGUUCCUACAAUUCCAGCAACCGCUGCCCAACUUUCUUCAGACCAGAUCCGCCCUCCUGCUCCUGGAUCGGAAACGGCAAAGCAUCACAGACGACGCCGGGACGGCCCUCCUGGCCGGCCGAACCGGCGGCCCACACUAUGGCACCAGCAGCGGCGGCUUCGGGCGUGGCAGUGGAGCGCUAGGCAGCGGGCACAACGGUGGCAGCGGCGGCCGCGGACAGCAGGGGCGCAAUUCUGGUCGUGGUGGAGGCGGCCGUGGACGUGGACGAGGAAGAAACUCUGGCUCGCAAUAACGACACCCAAAUGACGGCUACGUACCUUGGAA